AUGGCGGAAGCGGAUGAUGAAGUGGAUUCUGAACACAAUGGCGGUAGAAUCAAGGAGAAUUGGAGUAUUGUCCAAAAGAAUAGAAAAUGGAGUAAAGUAGUGUACAGUGAUGAGAAGACCCAUCAUAUUUAGUAGGAGUACAGUUUGUUAAUGAAUGAGCAACUGAGCAGAGUACCAAUCUUGAAGAAACCAUUUGUUAUCCAAACUGGUGGAGAGAGUGCUGGGUAAAGUGAAGCCUGUGAGGAUCACGAGAGGUGGCCCUGUUUAUAUUUUUGGUGCUUCCGCGGAUCAGAAGGAACGUGCGUUGUGUCUGAACCGAUUUUAUCUGUUUGAAGUGUAGUGUGUGUCUCUUUGGAACAGGGCACCCCUCAAGGGGGUUAUAUUUGGCGUCUUGUGGUCGAAUUUGAAGAGAUUAAAAAUAAUCCUGGGGUGAUUUGAAGCACGUCGGAUGAAUCGUGUGGUGAUUGGUGAAAAAGUGAGGAGUCUAUGUUUGUUUUAAAAAUGGAGUCUCUCCCUACUCAAGUGCAGUUAGGGUAUAACUACAGAGUCAGAGCAUUUAUCCCAAGACCAAUGCAGUUUGAUCACUGAAGGUUUUGGUCAUGUAUCAAGUGUUUGCAGAUGAGAAGCCGAGAUGUCCAAGUUGUGGAAAAAAACAUGUGUUAUAAAAGUAAUGAAUAUGGGACAUGUUGCAAUUGUGGUGGGAACCAUAAAGCCACGUCUUUUGAAUGCUCCACAAUUGUGAACGAGAAUGAGGUGGCUUAAUUCUUGGCUGUGCAGAGCAUUUCAUAUGCAGCAGCUGUGAAAAGGGUUGAGGGUUUGAAUGGUGCACCAGAAGAGUCCAUGGUGGUGGAUAGGCCUGCACUGCAGGCUGCAGGGGUUGCCUUUCACCAGCAGGAUCCUGACAUUUUAAAGGUUAAGGCCUUUAUUGCUAUGGUAAUUAAUGGCACUGCCAAGGUGGAGAGAAGGUCGAGGAAGAUCAAAUUCAUUGUGGAUGCACCUCAGAGCAGUUCCUGGGGCUGAAAGAUUUCUCAGCGAAAGAUUUACAUGGAAUAUUGGCGCAAGCCGUACCUCCUUCUCAAGCCUGAGAAGGGACACAUGCUGAAUUGAAAGAAGGAAAAAGUGGGAGUUUUGUUUGUUUUGGCAAUGUACAAUUAUAUUAGGGUGGAUUAAGUUUCACUGUUACUUAUGGAUUUAUUAUUUAAUUGUAUUUUGGGGGGGUUUCAAUCCGUCCAGUUGGUGGCGGCAAUACACCUUUUUGGGUGUAGUCUGCCAUAAAACCCACAAGAAGAAGAACUUCUCAAACCGGAGAUAUAGAAGAAAUACUAAUCGCUUCUCCGCAGUAAGGUCACUGACAGACACAAUUUCAAACUUUUUGGAGAUAAAAAUAUAUAGAAUUGUUUGAUUUAUCUUAUUUAAUAGGUUAUUGAAAGUAACAGAUUUUUAUGUUUAGUUAGCAAUUUUAUCUGUGUGCUUAUAGCUAGCAGACCCCACAUAGUUAACACCCAGGUCUGGCACUAACGUUAGUUGGCAAGCUAGGUGACUUUGUCCAUGCCAUGGCAUGCCUUUUUCUUUAACAUUAUUCUGGCUCGCGAAUUGACUAGAUAAACUAGCUUGACUAUUAGCUAGCGAGCUAAUCCUGUUAACGUUAACCCUUUGCGCAAACAUAGCUAGCUAGUCUAACAUUGAGGUGAAUGCGAGGACAUUACAUGAGAGUGACUUAUUUCUCCCCAGGAGGUCGUUGCCAGCUGUAGCUUGACAGCUAGCUACUAGCUAGCUAAGAAGGUGACUUUCUCAAACUCAUCUUUGCUGUCACUGUAUGGUUGCUGGGUUGCAGAAGUUUCGUGUCUUACUAGUUACAGUAGCUACAUUUUUAUAUCCCAAACUAGCUUGCUUGACCUUUUCAAGUGAGGCACACCACAUUUUGACAACUAGCUGACCAGUCCAAUUACAAUACUGCCCUGAACAAUGACCUGUCUGUUGAUUUAACAGUGACCUUAAUUGGCUUUAGGGCAAUUUAUCUGUAGGUCUCACCCCAGUGUUAGUAGAAACAUUUAAGAGCUUAGACAAAUACACUAAAUGGUAUUAUUUUAGAGGCACAGAGAUUAUACCUGCUCGUCUGACAGAAGCUAUCAAAUCAUCAAUUUGGAUACAGACUAGUAGAAUGGAAUUAGGUUAUAAUGGAGGUGAGGAUUGGGUUAGGCAUAUACAUCACAGGUAAAAGACUACAAGAGCUGAGGGCUGGCUAACUCAGCUCCUUGCUCAGUCAACUCUGCUGUACCCAGAUCUUGGACCUUUGCUGAUAUGCCGGCAGGAUGGCCCUGUCAGACAACAAGGCUCUGGUCCUGGGUGUGUUGGCUGGAGGGGCUGGCCUCAGCCUGUGCACUGUGGUGUUGUACAACAGUAGGAGGGCCGUGCCAACGAGUGGACAUGGUGUGCACAGUAAGCUGUACCUCAGCAGUAAUGACCAGCGGGUGACUGGAGCCAGUAUGGUGGUCCGGGAAAUGCCGGGUCAGGCUGAGGUUCUAGAUCGUCUCGCAGCGCUGAUCCAGUGUGUGUCAGAGCUGAAGGAUGAGGUGCGGGCCCUAAAGAGUGCCAUCCCAAAGCUGCUGGAUCACGUCAGGGAUGAGCUGAGAGGACGCAGCGGCCGGGCUGAGGGGGCUGUGGCUCGCGUAAGGGCAGGGCCACCAAACCGAACUACACCCACACGUAGGAGGAACGUUGCAGGGGGAGUGGCCAGAGCUGGAGGCCAAAGCUCUGAGGAGGAGGCUGAGAGUGAAGGGGGGUACAUAACAGCUUUAACCGACUCUGAGGAAGAAGAGCAGAUUGAGGCUGAGGGUCAGAGUCCGUAUGAAGUGACUGUGAUCGAGCCUCUGAAUGAGUUCUCAGCCCUUCUGGAGAGGGUGGACUCUCUACACGAAGGCAGCGAUGGAGACAAGAGGGAGUGCCUCCGCACCAUGCUGGAUAAGCGGGAGCAGUUUGGACAGAACACUACGUUCUUAUGGCGACUAGUUCGGGCCUACGUGGAUGUUCAUGACAUCACUACCAACCUAGAGCAAAAGAAGACCCAAGCAGAAACUGGGAAGAAAGUUGGAGAGGAAGCCGUAAAACUGAACCCUAUGUGUGCCGAAAGUCAUCAGUGGUACGCCAUAAUGUGUGGCAUCAUGACAGAGUAUGAGACUGUGCAGAACAGGAUAAAGAAUGGCUACAUCUUCAAAGAUCAUUUGGAUAAGGCCAUUGAGCUGAAACCACAAGAUCCUAUGUCUUACUACCUGCUCGGCCGCUGGUGCUAUGCUGUGGCUCAGCUGUCGUGGAUUGAAAGGAAAGUUGCUGCUACAUUGUUUGGAGAGCCUCCGAGUGCCACGGUCCAAGAUGGUCUGAAGAACUUCCUCAAGGUGGAAGAGAUCAGUCCCAAGUACUCCAAAUUAAACUAUGUGUUUUUAGCCAAGUGCUACAGAGACCUGGGGCAAAAAAGUCAGGCCAGGAAGAUGUGUGAUGCUGCUACUUCAAUGGAAACCAUUUCCAAAGAGGAUGAGGAGGCACAGAAGGAGCUGGACACCCUUCUCUCUGCUCUAGGUGUUAAUUGAGGACAUUGUGGAAUGGCUCCAUCCUAUUGCUAGGGAGGAACCCAGGAUCCUCUUCACUGGAAAACACACUCUGAAGGGAAGCCAAUCCAUGUCUUCCUUGAUUACUGUUGGGACAGUAUCUUCCUCAUGCUCUCUGGGAUUGGAGAUGACUGGAUUGGCUGUGCAUACUAGAGAACAGUGUUCUGGAGAACAAACUUAUCACAGACAUGUCAUGAUGUCUUAUGAAUGCAUAGUGCUUUGACAUCUGUUCGCUAAAGAGAUUGUGGUAUAAGGGACAGUUGGACCUAAGUCAAUCAAUGGUGUUGGUCCCAAUGGGAUAUACAUUAUCUAACACCUCACAUCAAUACAGUCAGCAAUUAAGUGUAGGGGACCAGGCAAUACAUUUUAUGAAGAUUUUAAUAAUUAUACUGAAGUUGUUUUCAAUACGAUUGAUCACGAUUCGGCCCAUGGGCCAGUUGGGGAACCCUGGCUUAGCCUAAGAACUGCACAUACACAAAUGUGUUUUAAAGAGAUUCUGACACGAAUUCCUCAACAAUAAAGACCUAUGGUUUUGUGAAAGUGAUCCACAGAACUUGUUGUUCCCUCCCUCCCGCCAUGUUCUGUUUCUGUUUUGUCUCUAGCAGUGCAUUCAAGUGGCAAUAACAAACCCGUUUUAAACAAAGGUGCAACCCAAACACAGCUCUCUGUCACACUGUGACUACCGAGUGACAUUCUGUCCCUUUUACCCCCUGAUUGUAAUGUAACUACACGGCACCCUAUUCCUUAAUAAGGUACACUACAUUUGACCAAAGCCCUAGGUCACUAAAUAGGGAAUAGAAGCUCUGGUCAGAUGAAAUGCACUAAAUAAGGAACAGGGUGCCAUUGCAGACUCAAGCUUGGUAUUAUUUGACCUGCAUUGAGUGUAGGUUACCAGGUCUUGUGUUCCUGUUACUGCCUGUGAAUGGACAGAGAUCAUGGUCACAUCGUUUUAAGAUGAAGGAGUUGAUAGGGGCGGCAGGGUAGCCUAGUGGUUAGAGCGUUGAACUGCUAACCAAAAUGUUGCAAGUUCGAAUCCCCAAGCUGUCAUUCUGCCCCUGAACAGGCAGUUAACCCACUGUUCCUAGGCCGUCAUUGAAAAUAAGAAUUUGUUCUUAACUGACUUGCCUAGUUAAAUAAAGGUAAAAUAAAUUUAAAAAAUAGGGAAGGAAACGUGACCCCUAGACGGCUCCUUGGGUUCUCACAUUCACACAAGGUCGAGGUUCUGUUCAUCACAUUCCAGCUAGCUAGAGGACAUUUUUGAGCAUAGAAUGUCAUUUGAGAUUAGAUCUUGUAGCCUAAUAGUCCAUGGGCAAUGUGCACGUCAGAGAUUUUAUAUCGUAGGCGAUAGCUUUUACUGAAUUUUGAAUGCUGUUCUAUUCAUUUUUUUUGUGUUAAAAAAAUGCAAAUGGUGAGAUGGAUUUUUAUACUUUCAGUAUUUUUCAUUUGUAUGGUUUCUUUUUGGGAUUACUGGGAGGAAAGCAUGGGCUAUAAGAAUCUGUGGUUCUUUAUUAUUUCUCUUAAGUAUAAUUUAGUCUUCUGGAAACCAUUAACUGGUGUGUACUUUAUCCAACAGGUGAACUACAAGAAUGGUACUUGUUUUUGUUUUUGCCUAAUAAGUUGUUCUAUAUUCCAGCAAUAUGAAUGUAUGCUUUAGUUUUAUCUAGGGUGGUGCACAUUGCAGUGAAGUAAAUUAUCUUGUAAAUGAAAUACAUUAAACAUUAUAUAGACACCACUGAUCAAUGGUAUUUGAGUCUGCCAUUAGUCAAUAAAUAUGUACAAUCUUGA